AUGGAAAUCAAGCAAAGGAAAAAAGAUUUAAGCAAAUCUGAUGACUCAGAAUCACUAGCAGAUUGUUAUUCAUAUCGGCCAUUAAAAGUUCAGAAAAAUGCAACUGCUUCGUGUGUUGCUGAUUGUUUUUCACGAGAAAGUACUAAUAUUACUUCCGAUCGUUACACGGAGCGUCAUUUUGAAACAGAAAAUCUUCGCCAAGUUCGUCAGCGAACAUUUUCACACUGGCUGUUACAAUCACCGUCACGGUCACAAAUGAUAGAGGCUGGGUUUUUUCGAUGUAAUGCUAGUGAUCGCGUCAUAUGUAUUUAUUGCAAUUUGAUCUGUCAGCAAUGGUCAGCUAAUGAUAAUCCUUUAGAAAUACAUAAAAGCUUAUCUUCAAACUGUACCUAUGUUAAAUCAUUUCACGAACUAGUAUUUGAUCUACGAUCGAAUGAACAAUUAAAAAUGAACUUCAAUGAUACAAGCGAAGAACUGAAAAUUCCGAGUAAAGAAGUAUUAGCUACGUUGGUUGAUGCUCGCUUGAAACUAUCAAUAACACAGAUUCUCUUAGAAAAAGGAUUCUGUUUAUCCGUUAUCAAACAAUGUUAUAAUGAUCAAUUGAACCUAAAACGUAAGUUGUACAUUUCUCUCUUUUUGAAACGACUCGAUUACUUUCAUUUAGAUACCGAUUUUGUGUCGGACUACGAUCUCUAUUUGGCUUGUAUUAUACUCAAAAAGCAAAUAGUACAUAUCAAGGGAAAUAUCAAAAAUAUUGUUAUUGAGCCCACCCGGCACCUCAGCGAAAAAGAUCGACUAGGUACGUGACAACACAAAGCUUAAGAUUUCAUUAGACUAAAGUGAGAAAGAAACUGCUUGCCAUAUAAAUGUUUAUUAUUCUUCUCACCAUUAAAUGGAAAUUUGAGCAUAUAUAACGAAAUCACAAAUCUAAAAGGAUCUAAAAAAGAGAAUAAUGAUAAGAACGCUUGCAGAAGAAUUGAAUAUUUUUCUAUUGCAAUUGACCUUCACUUAUCAAAGGUUGUCAACUGAAUCUAUCCACGUACUCCCUCCUAGUAGUUAUAUUAUUUGCUGAAUUCCGUCAACCGACGUUUGAGCGCCCGACAUUUGAGCGCCCGACAUUUGAGCGACCCCGACAUUUGAGCGACCGACAUUUGAGCGACUCCGACAUUAGACACUUUUCAAUAUGACUUUUUGCCGAUCAGGAAAGUCGAAUGAUUAUUCACUUCGAUAACGAUGAUCAGAACAAUUUUUUUGUCGUCCGAUUAUGAACU